UUCCCUUUUUGGCUGUCUCGUGGCAAGGGUUAGGGGGUGUUUUAAAUACAAACCGGAACCGUCUGGGAUUUAACUGUUUGUGACAGUUUUUUUAUUGUUUAAAUAUUAGUUUAACAUAAAGUAUGUACGGUUGAUUUAUUGUCCAACAACCAUGUGUUUCAAAAAUAUUCCGACCAAAUGGAUCCGGGCCCUUUGCGAGUCUUACAAAAGAAACGAACCACUAAUUUCCGUGAAGACGAAACCAAACUGUUAAUACAACUAUGGGGCAGUCCACAAAUACAAAACAAACUCUACCUCACACAUCGAAAAGCCCCCGUUAUGAGGCUUUUGGCUGCCAAUAUGCAACAUCGUGGAUUUUACAGAACCCCCGAUGAGAUCAAAACGAGGCUGAGGAACCUGAAAUGCUUGUACCACCGAAUUAAGAGGUCUGUGCAGACUGGAGUAGGCAGAGGAACAGUCGAUCCGGAUUGGCCGCAUUACAAAGCCAUGGACGAGAUCCUCAGCAAAAAGAAGCACACCAGACCGCAGGACAUCUACAAGGAUGGCAACAUCUUCGAUGGUCCAAGGUGUGAGGACAUCAAGCAGGAGAUCAUCGAUGAGGAGCUCGAUAUCAACGAUGACAUGGAUUCAUACACCACCAACAGCCUUGGCGGGUCCGAGGUUGAUGCAGAAUUCGACGAGGAGGCUGUCCACGUCCCACCUUUAUCAGCUGUACAAGCCGUACUUUCCCCUUCCCCUGAGAAACCAAAAGACGUUGGUUUUACACCAAUUAAAAUAGCCCCAAAGCCAAUACAAAGCCAGCCCAAGCCUACUACUCCAACAAAUCCAACAACAAAUAUUCAGAUACCUUUGAAAGCUAAUACUGGAACUGGAACGCCAUCUAUACCUUUCCCUUUGCUGAUUUUGAAUGGACUUCCUAAUCAGAAUCUGCAACUCAACCAGCUCAAGAAAGACGAUAGUAGUUCAAAUAAACAAGACGAUGUACCUGCCCUUCUAAAAGGUCUUAUCGAGAUCCAAAAAGAGAACCUAGAAGUCCAAAGACAGCGACUAGAAAUCGACAAAGAAAAACUUGACUUCCAACGUCUCGUUGGGACCCAACUACUCACAUUUCUGCCUCUUUUUGGAAGUCUGGUCCACAAGCUCACAUUUCCAAACAAAAACGAAGAUGACGAAAGCGACGAGAAACAGGGGAAGAAUGGAAAGAAACGACCACAUCCCGACAGUGGACUUGAUAUACUUAAAGACAGUAAAAUACUGCGAAGUGUGUUAGAAGAAGGUAUUAAAAAGUACAUGAUGGGGGACAAUAGUGAAAAGAAUGAUACUGAGAUUAAAGUAGAGGAUGAAAGUGAUGAUAAGUGAAAUUUUAUAUAAAAUGUGAUGUUUUUUUACCAUAUAUGUAAGGGUUUUUAAUAUACUAGGUAACAUUUUACUUGGUAAUACUCGACUAGUCCUACAGCUACAGUCUCAUUUUUAUAAAAGCAAUCUCUAAGUAGACAAGGCGAAAACGACGGGUUCGUUGGAAAAAAUAUUCCCAUGAGAUUUUUUUGCAUAAUCACAUUCGUGAGACAUCCCAGAAUAAGGUUCAAGAAGUCGCCCACGUAAAAAGUGGUCCAAAUUUUGUUUAACAAUUUUAUUUUAUCAAAUUGCAAAAAUCAAUAUUAUUGGCCCUGACAAAUUUGUAUUAGGUUUUUUGGACCAUUCUGGACAAAAAAGGUCUCUUAUAAUUUUUUUCUAAAAUUGAUCUUUUUCGAGUUAUAAGCAAUUUAAAAUUUGAAAAACGCGAAAAUGGCCAUUUUUAAGAUUUAAUAACUCUGUUAAAAAUUAUUAAUAUGAAAGUCAGAAAGUGAUUACUCGAAGUAGAAGAUGAUACGGUUUUGAAGAUAUUAAAAGAAGAAAUUAAAUCGGCAUUAAAAAACAGCAAAAAUGGUAAAGCAGUAGGUCCAGACCAAAUCCCAGUAGAAAGCUUAAAAUGCAUAAAUGAUGAAACCUAGACAUUAUCGUAGACUUGUUUAACACAGUGUACAAAACAGAAAACAUACCAAAACAAUGGUUACUCUCAACCUUUUGUGCUAUCCCUAAAAAUACAAACGCUGUAAAAAUACAAACCUCGUCGCUAAAGAUUGUAGUGAAUACAGAACAAUAUCAUUAAUAAGUCACAUUCUCAAAUUAUUCUUGAAAAUAAUACAUGGCCGUAUAAAUAAAAAGCUAGAAGAAGGAAUAGAUGAUAGUCAGUUUGGGUUCAGAAACGGACUAGGAACCAGAGAGGCGUUAUUUGCUUUUAAUGUGUUAGCUCAAAGAUGUAUGGACAUGAAUGUGGAUGCGCAUGUUUGUUACGUUGAUUUUGAGAAAGCUUUUGACAAAGUAAGACAUGAAAAAUUAGUCCAAAUUCUAAAGACAAAAAACAUAGACCAAAGGGACUUACGAAUAAUAACAAACCUUUACUGGAAUCAAAGAGCACAAAUUGUAAUAGAUAACGAACCCAGUCCAGAAAUUGAAAUCAGGAGAGGAGUUCGGCAGGGAUAUAUUAUGUCUCCAUUACUCUUAAUGCAUAUAGUGAAGCCAUGUUUGAAGAAGCAUUGCUAUCUCAAAGUGAAGGAAUAAUAAUUAACGGUAGAUCUAUUAACAACAUAAGAUAUGCAGAUGACACCGUGAUUAUGGCAAGCUCUGCUGAACAACUCUAAGCAAAACAAACAAUUUCUGUGAAGAAUAUGGACUAAAAAUUAUUAUAAAAAAGACCAAAUACAUGAUAAUAACUAAGAAAACAAACAUACAAACAAGCAUACAUUUGGGAAAUGUACCGAUAGAAAGGGUUGAUAAAUAUAAAUACCUAGGAACCUGGAUUUCAGAGAAAAAUUAUCAAACAACAGAAAUAAGGACCAGGAUAGAAACAGCAAGAAAUGCGUUUGUAAAAAUGAAAACAGUUCUCUGCAACAAAGACCUUAGCUUAGAACUGAGAGUAAGAGCUUUGAGAUGCUACGUGUUCUCGAUACUACAAUAUGGACUUGAAAGCUGGACAUUAAAGCAAGAACACAUAAAUAAGCUACAGUCGUUUGAAAUGUGGUAUUACAGAAGGAUGCUUAGAAUAGCAUGGACACAGAGGAAAACGAACACGGAAGUACUGCGAGAAAUUGAUAAAGAAUGCGAAAUAAUAAACACAAUAAAAAUAAGAAAGAUACAAUAUCUGGACACGUAAUGAGGGGACCGCGAUAUGAAAUGCUAAGACUGAUAAUACAGGGAAAGAUAAGAGGUGGAAUGAGUAUAGGAAGAAGGAGAGUGUCAUGGUUAAAGAAUUUAAGGGACUGGUUUAGAUGCAGUUCUAUAGAACUCUUUAGAGCAGCGGUGGAUAGAGUAAAGAUAGUAAUGAUGAUAUCCAACCUCCGAUUAGGAGACGGCACUUGAAGAAGAAGAAGAACACGUGCUUGGCGCUCAUUAUAAUUACUUAAAAAUAACAGCUUAGUAAUAAAAUAAUGAAAAAAAUUUCUUCAGGAUCUUGUAGGGGGGGGGGGGGGCUUUAAACUUUGAUUUGGUCACUUUCUGAAUUUCAUAAUAGUAAGUUUGUUUUAACCGAGUGAUUAAGCCUUAAAAUCGCCAUUUUUCGUUUUUUCAAUUUUAAAUUGCUUAUAACUCGAAAACGAUCAACUUUAGAGAAAAAUUAUAAGAGACCUUUUUUGUCCAGAAUGAUCCAAAAAACCUAAAAAAAUUGUCCGGUUCAAAAAUAUUUAUUUUUGCAAUUUGAUUAAAAAAAUGUUAAAAAAAAUUUGAACCACUUUUCACGUGGGCGACUUCUUGAACCUUAUUCUGGGAUAUCUCCCCAAUGUGAUUAUGCAAAAAAAUCUCAUGGGAAUAUUUUUUCCAACGACCCCGCCGUUCUCGACUUAUCUAAAGAGAGCUGACGCAUAGCAUACAUUACAUUCCGUUUAUAUUUCUUCUUCAUCUCUUAAUCCUUUUGAAACUGGUUUGGUGAACUACUGACCAUUUGAUGCACGUUUUUGUCAUUAACUAAAUUUCAUCUUGUUUAUCUUUAAGGCUUGAUUUUUCUAACAAGCAGUCAUAAUAUUAUAUUACCGAAGAGAAAGUUUUAACAAAGGGUUAUUAUUACAAUGGGGUUAAUGUAUAUUUGUGCUAUUCAACUUAAACUAUUUGUUCUAAACGUAAAGCAUCAUAAAUCAUUUUUCAUUAAAUAAUAGGUCUCUUUUUCUUGGGAUGCUGUCUGCUUUUGUGGAGCGUUUACACUGGCAAUUCCGUCUCUGUCCAAUGCGGCUCUAAACAUAGAUGUUUAAUCACGGCCGGUCCAGUCUCUGAUAUUUCUAAGCCAAAAAAUCGGGCGCCUACCGGGACCCCGUUUCGUUCAAUCAUCCCUUGGGAGAUCAGUUGCGCGAGGCGGUACGUUUCGUUUCUCAUUAUGUGUCCCAGGUAGCUAACUUUUUUAACUUUAGGGACUUCUAAUAGGUCUCUAAGGUGGAUAAAUAAACUACAACAGCUAAAAUAAAAUACACUAUGGAGUUCAACAUAGAGACAAUAUCUACUUAAUAGUCACUUUUCUCCUAGAAGACGUCUCCAGACAAGAAUGGGACGAUAAAUAAAAUAACUACAAAGGAUACUACAAUAACACCUCAGAUUCUAUGAUAACGUUGUUUUAUCAAUUGUUUAUAUCAGUAGUUUUGCAAAAAAUAGACCAGAACCGUUUUUGUCUGUAUCCUUGUUUCCUUCCCAAUGAAGUAUGCCCAAUCCAUUUCCACUUGCCCUUCAUAACUUUCCCUGUUCAUGCCAAAAGAAUUCUCUUUUGGCCCGUCUGAUUCAUAAACUCUUGUUCUUCAUCGUCAUUUAGACCAACAGUCCGUUUAUUCUUCGAAGCAUGCUUUCAUGUGUUGUAAAGUGCCAGCUAUCUCUACACCUUUUGGCAGGUUUUGCUAAUGAUCAUUGGCUAGAGGGCUUAUCAUCAACUCACCCCAAUACAUUUCUAUUCUAUUUAUAUGGUCAUAGCAGAAACUUCGUCGUUGUCUCCCCCAUCUUAUGGUAUCGUCCCCCAGGAUUUAUUUCUGGUUUUUUCGUUGCUUACUUCAUCCCUUGUCUUGCAACAGUCUUGCAUGAUUAUCAAAGUCUUCAUAUCAACUGACCUUAAUAGUCUUUUGGUUCAAUUCAUAUCAGCUCUGAUUUCCGUACAUGCGUAUAGGUCUUACAUACAUAUUUAUCCUCUUAUGUUUUCACCUUUCUCUGUUGUCUGAAUAGUUUGAUAUCUGGGACACAUACAUUGAUAAUGGCGAACAGUUUUAGUCAGUGUGAUACAUGCUUUGGAACUUUGGAGAUUUUGUCAUUCUCAUAGGUAACUAUACCAUAUUAGAAACGGCACGUUUAUAUUUUUAUUGAAUUAAUACGCUAACUUCAGAAUGUUCCGUUUUGUUUUUACCUUUGUCAGAAUAUGCUAGAACGCUCACAAUUUUUCAUCCGAAAUCUCAUUUGGCAACCAUACAUUUCAAUUUUUCUCAAACCUCUAAUACUACUGAAAAUCUACAAAAACCAAUCUAAGAACCAUCUGGCUCUUAAGCUUAAUCCGUACUUAACUUGGAACUGUUAGUGGGUUUAUAUAAUAUAAAAAUACACAUAUGUAUAGAUAAUGUAUUAAGCCAUUUAUAGCAUUUUAUCACAUCAAUAUAGAAAAGCUUCUUGAUCACAAGUUAUUUCUACCUUUCAUUAGAAUAACCUGUACAUUCCAUAUUCUUUCAAAUAAGAAAUGACUGAGUUUUCCCGCUACUUAAAUAUUUCUAAAAUAUUGAUUCAGUGAUUUUCUGUAAAAGGGUCUUUUUGAGUUGUCCUCUUUACUGAUUGCUGUAGUACCGUAACAUUGUUAAAAGGACAAAAGAAAAUGUUGCCAAGUAUAAACCAAAUUAUUUAUUUUUUAUUUGUUUUACCAUUCCUUUUAUAUUGUGAGGUAGGUACACACAAAGGAAAUAUUCAUACAGAUCGAACCUUGUGCCAUAUCUCCAUUUGUAGAGUUUGUUCUCCAACCAUACUAUAGUUUCCAGCUAAUUGCCGUUCAUCAUAUAUGUUAGGCUGAACAAACUUAAAACAAUAUCCAUGUUUCCGUCUACAAAGUGGACAAAAGUACAUAAACGCCACCUACCUUAGGUGGCAUAAAAUUACAAACAACUUCGGAAAACGCGUUUCAAGUUUGCACCUAUAAUUUUGAAUGUUUUGUCGAGUUAUUUGGCACACAUAUGGCGCACUAUAUUUUAAUAUAGUAAAGAAUAACGGUACAGAACCCAAUUUGAGAAAUAUGUUGGUAAGUACGUGGAAAUUACUCUAUAAUUAAAUAAAAUGUUACCUAUAAUUUUGAAUGUUUUGUCGAGUUAAUUGGCACACAUAUGGCAUACUAUAUUGUAAUAUAGUAAAGAAUAACGGUACAGAGCCCAAUUUGAGAAAUAUGUUGGUGUGUACGUGGAAAUUACUCUAUAAUUAAAUAAAAUGUUACAAAAACGAGUCUGUACCGCCAUUAAGAACAAAAAACUACACGUUCUUCAAAUAAACUUUUUCAUCCCAUGCCGAGGUUUUGUGUCAAAUUGGAACUACUAAAAUCGAUUAUCUAUAACAAGAAAUCGAACUUAACUGACUGAUUUGCAAACAUUUAGCGCGCCUAUGAGUAUAUUAUUAUCACAAUAUUGGGCCUUCGUUUUUGAUAGUUCCGCGUACUGCCGACUCACUGUUGCGUAAUUAAUAUUGACAGUGGCGUAGCUAGCCCCACAGGGGCCCCAUUUCAAAGCUUGUCGCGGGGGCCCUUUUCCACCACUGAUAUGGCAUACUGCUAAAAAAUGUUCAACAAAAGAAGCAAAAACGCUUGUAUAGAAUAGAAUAGGUAGAACAGGUACUAGAAAUUCGCAAUUUAUGGAGUCGAUUUAUCUCUGGAAGAUAAAUAGGUGUGCCAGUUUUCGUUUCUCUAAAUAGAAGCGUUCUGGAGGUAUUAACAGAAAAUUAAUUAAAAGAUGCCUUCUUCAAAGGGCUCUAGCAUUUUCGAACUAGGCGAUUUGGGUUAAAUCUUAAUAUUUCGAGCCCAGGAAUCUACAGUUUAAUUAUUUCCAAGUAAUAAUGAAACACUCUGUAUAUUGCAAAAUUUAAAUAAAUUACAAACUGCAUAAUAUAGGGAAGGAACGUAUGCUAAAUUUGCAGUUACUCGAGCGUUAUGGCGACCUAUUGGGUUGUGAAGAUUAGGUCCUAAAACCAAAGAGAGUUAAGUAAAAUUUUCCAUUUAAGUGGGGACUUUCCAUUUUUUAAUUUAAUUUUCCAUUUCCAACAAUCGUUUUUUCCGAUUAUAGCGCCAUAUAUCCAUAAUUCGAAAACACGUCUCGAAUAAAAGUUUCUUAUUUUUAUGUAAGGAAUCCAAAUCUGCAAUAAAAAUGGGGGCUUCUAUAUAAUAUUUUAAAGUAACCCCUCACCCCAACUCCGUGGGGAGUCGUAUUUGGUGUCAUUCGAUAGAUUUUUCAAAAAUAUUAAAUAACUGUAUUUUGCAGUUUUUCGAUCUUAUGUUCAUUUCGCGAAAUAUCGCGGGGUUCCUAUUUAAAAUUUUAAAUGUACCUCCCAACCCUCUCCGUGGCGGGCCAUGUUUAGUAUCAUUCGAUGGAUUUUUGAAAAAUAUUAAACACAUAUUUUUUAGUUUUUCGAUCUGACGUUUAUUUCUCGAAAUAUUCGCUUUUUUCUUGUAAAACUUAGUGACUCACUUAUUUCCUUACGCCCAGCUCAAACCGUCAGAUUUUUUAAAUAUACACUGUUCUGCAUGUACUUAGCUUACCUUAACAUAAUCUGACGAUUUUCGACUUUUUCUAAGUAUAGAUUUUUUUUCGGGCCCCCCUUGACGAACUCCCCUGUGUUAAGAUCCAAUAUAUGGUAGGGGUACAUUUACAGGGUACAAGGUUUCUCCCCAUAUGAUAAUCUUACGCGCUCGAGUAACUGCAAAAAUCCCUGCUUGGGCUCCCCUAAUACAAUCUUGUGAACUAAUGAGUUCUGCGUACAAUACCCAAAUAAAGAUAAUAAUACACCUAAUAAACCAAAGUCGAAAAAUAGAUUUGAAUUGUUGAGACUCAUUGUUUUAAAACAGAUUCAGUUUUUUUCAAGCCAAGGGUGAAUGGACAUUGAAAAUGACAAAAUGAGCGUAAACAAAGAAGCUCUGUUUUUUAACGGCGAGCGACCGACAAACAGAUAUACCUAAAUACAAUUUAUAGAUAAAGAACAGAUUACACGAAAAUAUACGCAAACAAUACACAGUGUUUCAAUGUUUCAAAUAUGGGUAAAGCGAUUACAAAUAUUGCAAUUUGGCAUUAUACAUUAUACAAUGUCUCACACACAGCCAACGGUGAAUAGACAAUAAAAAGUAGCUUGAAAACAAAAAAGCUCUGUUGUUAUAGAACGGCGAUAGGCAGAAAAUAGAUAGGUACCUGUACAUAAAUAUAGUUUAUAAUAUGUAGAUAAAGAAUCCAAUACACGAAAAUGUCGAUAUAACAUAUACACUGUUUCAAAACGUUUUAAUAGUGAAAGAAUUGUAGAAUAUUUUGUUCAAUUUUUUGAAUGGAAUUUUGUUUGUUUUGUUUUGAAUGUCGGGGGCACCGUAUAAUUGAUACGGCGGUAGCUACGCCUCUGAAUAUUGAUGACGCGCUGAUGUAGCCUCUUAAUAAGGUUUAAACAGAAAUGGCUGUACAUGGAUAUUCACAUAUUUUGACUCCCCUGUAAACUGCUUUAUUUACAGAACUAGAAAAAAAUGUAAAAUAGAAAAGAUACACGAUGUUUUAUGUAAUUUUCGAAAUUGGUAGUAGAAAAACAAAGAACGUGCAAACAAAAUGGCCGCAGAUGUUACCUAACUUUGUUAAUUUAAAUGGUAUUAAAUGUUAAUUAAAAUAUCUAGCAUCUCGCUUAUUCUUCCAGAUAACCCCAUCAAAUUAAAGAUGAAAAUGUUCGUUACAGAACGUUCUAUUCAAAUAUGUAACCAUAUACAAGGUGUUCCAUUUAAAUUAACAAAGUUUGCACCUUCUUUAUUUUUCUACUAUUAUUUUCGAAAAUUACAUAAAAAUUGUGUAACUUUUGUAUUUUACAUUUUUUCCAAUCCUUUAAAUAAAACAGUUUACAGAGGGGUCCAAAUAUAGUAAAUAACCCUGUACAUCACGCCAUUUUAAGUGAUUUGUGAUUUUUAGGUUGUACUUAUUUAUUUUUAACUUUAGAAAUUCGCUUCGUUAUACGAUCGUAACAUUCCAAGUUCCAAGUCAUUCUUAUAUUAUGUUAAACGUUUUGUGAUUUUUAUCUUAUGUUGUACUUAUUUAUUAUUAUUUAGCUGUCAAGCAAAUCGUUUAAUUAGCUUCAUUUAGUGUGUACCUCCCUUUCAAAUGAUUUGUGAUUUUUAGGUUGUACUUAUUUAUUUUUAGCUUUAGAAAUUCGCUUCGUUAUACGAUCGUAACAUUCCAAGUCAUUCCUAUUUUAUGUUCAAACGUUUUGUGAUUUUUAUCUUAGGUUGUACUUAUUUAUUAUUAUUUAUUUGUAGACUUAGGGAUUCGCGUUAAGUUAUACAACAGUUUCGAUCGCAUAUUUUUACUGCUACCGAUUAGGUUACGAAGUAUUUGUUUUGAAAAAAUAAAAUAAAAGUAUUUUCGACUGUUAA